GUUUCCCUCAUUUAUCUAAUACACGACACGAUUUCGGGCCGUCAGACGAUCAUUAUUGCUCGGGGGUUGAUCGUUCAACUCCCAUUUGAUACCGCAUCUCUUUUGUUGUUCUCAAUUGGUGAUCAAUGCACUGUCUAGUAGGCAUCGUGGGUCCAUACGAUACUGCAAUGCCAACUUUCCCGCCAUCUUUUGUGGAGAAAGAAGACCUAUCUUGAACCACACUUCCUUCUCGUUUCGUCGUUCGCUCAACGGCGCUCUGCUUGCGCCAGCCAUUCAUCUCUCACUAAGGUCGCUUUGUCUCAAUAGUGGUAAAGUCGCGUCUAGAGCGCAUGGCAAGCGGACCAUUGCGCAUCUUGAUCUGCACACAAUUCAUCCAGUAUCAGGGACUACGAAGGAUAUAGCUGUCAGUUGGAGACAGCAGAAUGACAGCGAACGCCGAUCCCCCUAAAUCAUCGGUCAGCGAGCGCAGAGGCCAGAUAUUAUCUCCGCUACAAACCAACUUUAGUCGUCCAAAUGCCCGACCGCCUGUUGUUGCUACUCGUCCCAAUCGGCCACGACCGGAGGAGUAUCAGAAUGACGGCGAGGCAGGAGAGCGUGUUCCAUUGCAGACCCCAGUCAAACGACAGACAUCUAAAUCAGGCCUGCGCAGCAUCUUCAGCCGGGAAAAGCUACCUCAUAAAGAAAGCACUGACUCCAAACUCUCUGGAAUUGAGGAGACGCAGGACUCCAUGCCACAGGCGACCACAAACUCGGCCGCGCCUCUUUCGCCAACGCUUGCUACACCGAAGACAACGUUCUCAACGCCGACAGGUGUAACAUCGCCCAUAGAGGACCCUCCUCGGCCCAAGCCUUCAAAAUCCCGUCAGAAAACCAGCGAGGACAAGCCCGCUGCGGGUGAAAUCGGCUGGAAACCUCCACCGCUUUUCCAAGCCUACCCCCAGGCGAUUAAGCAUGAUAGUCUUCUGGCCCCUGCCAUGUCUGCGGAUUCGAUCUUGCGACUUCAGGCGACAUCUACUGCGAAAAGAGGCAGUGUUAGGGAUGAUUCGGCUCAGGCAGAGACUCGGAAAAAGGAGAACAAGGAAAAGAAAAAGCACAUGCGCUCAUUAUCCGAGACAAUUGGUAAGUCUGAGUGGUCUCCAAAGAUCUAUAUACUGGUCACAACCGGCUACAUCUUGCAGUACGCUGGUAGCGGGAAGUAUGAUCGACCGCCGGAGAAGAUGUUGCAGCUAGGUCCCAAAUCUGUGGCAUUCGCGAGCGAUGCGAUUCCGGGCAAACACUGGGUUUUGCAGAUUUCCCAGGUUACGGAUGAAAAUAAUGCUGCCUCAACUGAUACUCACCGGCACUUGUUCUCCCGUUUUGGUUUCCACCGUUCCCCCGCUCGGCGUUUGACCCGGAGUCUUCUUCUAGUAUUCAACUCUCCUGAUGAGAUGAGCUCCUGGCUGUUGGCUGUCAGGGCUCAGAUUGAAGCGCGAGGAGGGAAAAAGUACGUUUCGGAGAGAGCGGUCGAUGAUGACACGGAGCAGCAGCUGGAGUCUGGACCUAGCACUCGCCAGUUGGUCAAGAAGGACCCGAACCGAUUCUCCCAAACAUUUCUGCAACCUCAACCAGCAUUCGGUGCCGAUGAUAAAGAAUCUAGUGACCAAUCUCGCCGAAGCUCGUAUAUCUCGCUUAAACGCCGGUCACUGGCUACGCAGCCUACUCCCGAAUCACGCUCCGAAUCAUUGUCUACGACGCAAACCGAGGUGACUUCGCCAGUUAGUGGCCAGCCGCGAUUCUACUCUGCGAUAGUAAAGCCGGAAGACAAUGGAUUUAGUUCACCUCCAAAUGGUAGCGUUAUCUCAACGGCCCUGUCUGGUCAGGAUGGGCCGCCGAGAAGCCCAACGUUCUCGAGCCCAAUGAAGCGAGAGUCUGUGUACACUUCAAAUACGGCAACAGUUACAGAGGCCUCGGAUGAUUGCCUGACACAGCCGACGGUCCCUGAUCCCAUUCUGCGAAGCGCUUCCCCGCCAGCUCCAAACUUCAGUGUCCCCUCUUUCAGCAAGAGAUUUACAGCGAGGAUGGGGCAGGUCCAGAUGCCGCACAUGGCUCCUCGGUUUCCGUCUCUCAGACAUACAGACGAGGUUGAUACUAUAUCUUCCUUCCCAUCCCCACCGCAUUCUCCAAUCAAGAGCAUCAGUAGCGUCGCAAUGAGCGAAUCGCACGAACAAGUCGCACCAUUCCGUGAUUCCCUACAGAGGAGGUCUUUGCGCAUAUCCAAUUCUGAGGACUCGCUCGCGGAGUCUAGGACCCAGGACCUCAGGUUGCAGCACGCUUCCCGUAUUGGAAAGAAUGUUGCAGCAGCAUCAACGGCCUCUCAAUCCUCACGCCCCCCUAGCAUUAUCGAACACGAGCCUACCAAUUCACAGAUCGCACAAUUACCCCCCGAGACAGGUCAUCUGACGUCUCGUCGGGAGCAGCAACGCCAUAGAGUUUCUGUUUUCCCCACAGCGGCUCCGAAUCGUCCUACGGCUGGGCCCAUGCUACGUCGCAAGAGUAUGCCCGGACUUUCAGUUGGGCCGCCCGCAUUGCCUCCUCCCGACUGCCCCUUGCCAAAGAUACCAUCUCCAAUUGAUCCACCACUGCCUGAAAUCGCUGAGCAAUUUCCGGACCCACGGAUGUGCAUCUCACCCCCGCCCUCAAAAUGCAGUCGACUGCGUCGCAAAAGCCUGGCUAAUUCCUCACCUCGUCCCGCUCAUACACCUCUCCCCCCGGCAACACAAAGUCUAGGUUCUCGAUACCCACGGACUAUCAAUGGAAUAUGAACUGCCAGUUUCUGAUGUCCCACUUCCGCUAUGUUUUCCAACCCUACUCAUUGCAUAUGGAUGCCCCUCUUUCCCACUAUAUACCACAAUUUUCAUUCACUUGAUUCAUACGCAAGAAUGCUUUCCUUCUUUGCUGGCUUUGAUAGCCGGGCACUGUCUAACCAAAAAAGCUUUUAUACCAUACCAUAUCAUACUGCAUCAGCGAUUGACCGAUUUUCAUUAUCAAACAGCAUCAUGGCCAUUGCUUUACUGACACCUCUCCUUUCCUUGUCUGUUUCUUUUCUAACCCAUUCUUUCUAUCAUCGUAAUAAUGCCGUUAUUCUCGAAACGGUUUUCUCUCUUAUUCCUCACAGCGAUGCACGAAUCAGGAUAUCCCACGCUGUCCAUGGUUUAUUGGUUAUACAUGAUUUAAACUCGUUCGUGUUAAAGCUUACCAUCUUAUACCUAUUUAUCUAUAUCAUGUCCCUAUAUAUAUCUAUAUACCAGGUUUUGUUCUGCGGCACAGGUCGCCAUUGAUGCUGUCGUUUUCCAAAUAAAGUGCUCUGGGAGUCAACUUUCGUUUAUCCAUCAAAAAUAAAUCAGUUAGAUUCUAUGGGUGCUUACACGUGUCCAAAGAGAUCACCAGUAUAGACUAGGGAAGAUAUUCAUCGAUAGACAUUGCCAAUC